AUGGUGGGCCGCCUGACGCGGGCCCUGCUCACGCAACCGUUCGAGUGGCUGACGGCCGCCGACAACGAUGUCUCCACCACGACGGCGGACGAGAGGGUGGGCGAGCUGACGGCGUGGGUCAAGGCGCGCCUGCGCCCCACCCUCCGCCGCUCCCCGCCCUCACUGCAGCACCACCCCUGCAGCGAUCCAUCGUCAUCGUCGGACGAAGAGGCGAGCGGCCGCGAUGACGAUGACGACGAUGACGACGACGAUGCCGAUGACGACGACAACGCUGACGAUGACGACGAAGAGGAAGAUGUCAAGCGGGCGGCGAACGAGCGGAAGAGGAAUAAGAAGAGGAAGCAGAAGGCUGUCGAUGUCGAGUGGGAGGUGCAGAUGAAGUCGGUGCAGCUGGUGGCCGCGCUCGGCGUGAUCUGCGGCAAGAACCUCCCGCGGCGCUUCAUCGCCGACGCCCCGCUGCCCGCGACCACCACGUCCAGCCCCGCGCAGCGCAGCGCCAGCGCGUCGCAGCCCGUCAGGACCACCGUGACGGCGGCCGGCAGCAGCAGGACGAAGGCGCGCGCCGCCUACGCCGAGCCCGCCGACGCGGAGGGCGCGCUGAGCGACCUGCUCAUGGACGUGAUCCGCACGGUGAACGACGUUGAGAGGAACAACACGGACUCGGCGGAGGAGGGGAAGGAGGAGGAGGCGAGGGAGAGGCGGAGCGCGCUGCGGGUGGAGGCGCUGGAGGCGCUGGCCGUGGUGUGCUUCAUCUUGGAUGAUGCGCGCAUCACGAGCGACGUGUGUCGGUUCGUGGCCGAGUGCUAUCUGCGGAGCGACGGUGCGCGCGGCGAUGGGGCCGAGGUCGAUGAGCUCUGGGCGGCCUACGGCGCGCAUGACUCGAGAGAGGAGAACAGCAGCGACGAAGACAGUGACGACGACAGCGACAGCGAAGAGAAAAGCGAAAGCGAAAGCGAAGAGACAGAGAAUGAGCCAUCCGGCGAUGAAGCGGAGGACGAAAGCGACAGCGAAGAGAAACCCGAGGGGAGGCGACACACAAGCCGACGCAGCCGGGCGAUUCCAGCGAUCGAUGCGGCCGAACUGGCGGAGGCGCUGCGCGUGUGGACCUUCCUGCUGAGCCUUCUGCCGCAGAACGAGCUCGUGUGCGAGCUGGUCGGACCGCACAAGCGCGUGCUCGUCGAAUUGGUCUUGCUCGACACCGAUCCCAGCACCGACAUCACCGCGUCGUCGGAAGUGCGAAUGCACGCGGCCGUCGUGCUUACUGUCCUCGCUCUCAGCUCUGGUGAUGAUGAUGCAGACGAAGAUGAAGAAGAUGAUGAGCAACAUUCGCUUGACAGCGACGUCAUGACGAACGGCGACAAGCACCGCCUGGUGGCGAUGUGCAUGGAAAAGGCGCGGGCGAGAGCAGGCGAGCGGGUGCGCGGACGCGAACGGAGGCUGAGCCAAAAGCGCGAGCGGGCCUGGUUCCGCGGCCUCGCCGCCCAACUGGUCGACAGUCUCACCACCUCGGCCGCCGCCGUCGCGGGCUCUGCCGCCGGCAUCGCAACGGCCACGGCGCGCAAGGCCAAGCGAGACGAGAGCGGAUGCGAGGACUACUUUCAUCGACAGAAGCAGCACGCAUCGAAGUCGGCGGCGGGGACGCCGGGUCCGCGCAAGGUGGAGACUCACGUCAUCUUCAAGACGCAGCACCCGUAUUACUACUCGACCAUCAGCGAGCGAGGGCCGAUCCACCUUAACCAGCUCGACGGGUGGCGCUGGCGCCAUGCGCAUCAGCAGGUGCGGGAGGCUACGAAGCUCCUGCCGGCGGGGAGCUGCGGCGCAGAUACUGCCUGGCAGCACCUGCUGCUCGGUCAAAUCCAGCUGCUCAAGACCAACAAGGCCACCCUGAAAGGCCAGAAGACGCAGACCAAACGGUACCGCCGGCUCACCCAACGGAAUCAGUUGGGCGAAGACCAGUACCGCCAGGACAAGCGCGGGUAUGUCCAGCAUCAGUCGCUCACCCGGUGGAAGAAGAGCAUCACCAGUGAGUGGCAGGCCACCAGCAACGCCUACUUCGCCUGGUAG